UUUUUAUGGUCAUUGUCAUUAUUCAUUAUUUAUUUUAUUUUGAUUUUUUGCUCUGCUGUUUCUUUAGAGGAAUUUUUUCUGGUUUCAUUAAAAUUUGUUAAUUUUGUGAAAAAAAACAUGUUCAAGUUUCAGCCUGCCUCAGUUGCUCUUUCAGGCCCUGGCUUUUCGUUCUUAAUUCACGAAACUAACAACGCCACCGUAGGACAGUAUGGAUUUUUACUAGGCGAAAUAGUCCAUAAGAAGGAAAUUAAUUCCAUCACUGAUAAUGAUCAAGUGCAAGUUGAUAUUUCUAAGAUCAUCAAAAUUAAUUCAGCAGUGCCUUGGCCGUGUAGGAAUUACUUUCCAAACGGAAGAGUUGAUAAGGAAAAGAUCAGAAAAUUUCUUGGAAAUCAUUUUUCAAAAGUAGUAGCUUGGUACAAAUAUGGGAGCAUCCAGUUCAGAAAUCCCAGCCAGCCUCAGAAGCUUUCAAAAAAAUUGUUUCAAAAAAUUGAUAUUGAAAAUACCAUCGGAGUCGUUUCUGUAACUCAAAUAGAAAAUUCAGUACGAGAUGCUAUAAUUAAAACAGUUUUGGAACUAAAAAAAGCUGAAAAGUAUUUAUUUAAACUAGAAGAAGAGAUAAAGCUAUUAAGAGAAACAAACCAGGCUGUUGAAAGACCUCAAACAAUUGAAGAUGAAGUAAUGGAUACUUCAUUCGAGUGUACUUCUUUAAAUGAAGAAAAACCGACUGAAAAACUGAGUGAAAGAACUGAAACAUCACCAAGAAGAUCACAAAGGACUAAUAAUGUUCCAGAUUCUAACAGGAGAAACUCACAGUUGGGAAAUUUGCCUAACACUCCUACUCCAUUAAAGGGAUAUGGUAGAGCCUCGGGUAAAGCAAAACCAAGGGGCACUAGAGGAGGAAAAUAA